CAAAAACCAGUGGUCCUACGUGCGAUAAUUAACAUACGCAAUACUGGCAAUAAUAUUUUAUAAAACAUUUUAUUAGUAAGAAAUAUGUCAUAAUUAAGUCUAAAUAAUAAAACUGAGUUGACUGAUGAAAGAUUUAACUUUCAAGCACCACUUUAGUGACGAUCAGAUUUGACACUUUUACAUAACCAAAAUUUAGUAAGAAAAUCAAAACAUUAAGAUGAAAAACAAAGAUGCAGAAAAAUACAAUCCUUGCUUGAAAGAAAUGGAGUUGACCUAUAAAUGUUUUAACGAUAACAACUUUGACAAAUCAUUAUGUGUACUACAGAUGGAAAAUUACAAAACGUGUAAAGGUUUUUGGCAUUCAGUGCAAGCACAGAGAAGAAAAGAUGGGAUACAACCAUAUUUACCCCCUGUCGAAGAGAGAGAUCAGAUUAAAAGAGACUACCUCAAUUCUUUUAAGAAGUGAACACGUUUUUAAUGAAAAUGUAAAUACUCACAUUUGAAACAGAUUGCAACUAAAUAAAUGGUUAUAUUUACAUUUUAAACUUA